UAGGAAAUUAAAUGUGGUAGAAUAAGGUAGAGAAGGUGCAGCGAGGGUGAGUGUGGGCGAGGAGUGAGCAGUGCGGCGUGCUGUUGUGGACGUCUUCAACAACUGUACACUAAACACCUCCAAGAUGAUGGGCGGAGGUCAACCUAUCAUUGUUCUCAACCAGAACACGAAGCGGGAGAGUGGACGCAAGGUGCAGAUGCAGAACAUCAAUGCUGGCAAGAUGAUAGCUGAUGUUAUACGCACCUGUCUUGGGCCACGAUCAAUGUUGAAGAUGUUGAUGGACCCCAUGGGUGGCAUUGUGAUGACUAAUGAUGGAAAUGCUAUCUUGCGAGAAAUUACCGUCCAGCACCCAGCAGCCAAGCACAUGAUUGAAAUUGCUCGCACUCAAGAUGAAGAGGUUGGUGAUGGUACUACCAGUGUUGUAAUCCUUGCUGGAGAAAUGUUAGCAGUGGCAGAACAGUUCUUAGAGCACAAGAUGCAUCCUGUAAUCAUCAUCCAAGCAUACAGACAAGCUUUAGAUGAUGCUAUUGUAGCACUAAAAAAUAAUCUCUGUAUUCCAGUCGACCUUAACAGUGAGGAGCAGACAAUUGAAGUUAUAAAGUCAUGUAUUGGCACCAAGUUCAUGGGUCAGUAUGCAGACUUGGCAUGUUCAAUUGCCUUGCAAGCAGUCAAGACUGUCACCACAGAAGAAGGAGGCCAAAAGGAAAUUGAUAUAAAAAAAUGGGCAAGAAUUGAGAAGAUCCCUGGAGGUAAAAUUGAGGAUUGUCAAGUUUUGACAGGUAUCAUGGUAAAUAAAGAUGUCACGCAUCAGAGAAUGAAGCGGCGCAUUGAAAAUCCACGUAUUAUUCUUCUUGACUGUCCCCUCGAGUACAAGAAAGGAGAAUCUCAAACCAAUGUGGAACUUUCCUCUGAGACAGACUUCACAAAGAUGCUGGAAAUAGAAGAAGAACAUGUCAAAUCCUUGUGUGCAGAUUUAAUUGCUUUGCAACCAGAUCUUAUCAUCACUGAGAAAGGUGUUUCAGACUUGGCUCAACACUAUUUUGUUAAGGCUGGUAUCACCUGCAUCAGGCGUGUUAAAAAAUCUGAUAAUAAUCGAAUUGCACGCGCUUGUGGGGCAACCAUCGCAAAUCGCACGGAGGAAUUGAAAGAGGAGGAUGUAGGUACUGGAGCAGGACUAUUCGAGGUCAAGAAGAUCGGUGAUGAGUACUUCACAUUCAUCACGGAAUGCAAGAAUCCAAAAGCAUGUACCCUACUUCUCCGAGGUCCUAGUAAGGAUAUCCUUAAUGAAGUUGAGCGCAAUUUGCACGAUGCUCUUGGUGUGGCCCGAAAUCUCGUAUUAGAACCUUACUUGCUUCCUGGUGGAGGAGCAGUAGAAAUGGCUGUGUCUCAGAUCCUACAGGAGAAAGCUAAAUCUGUGUCUGGCAUUAAACAGUGGCCUUAUACAGCUCUUGCCCAGGCUUUGGAGGUGAUUCCACGUACUCUAUCACAAAACUGUGGAGCCAAUAUUAUUAGGUUACUGACAGCUUUACGGGCAAAGCAUGUAAGCGGAGAAACAUUUUGGGGCGUAGAUGGAGAAACUGGUGAACUGUCAGACAUGAGAAAACUUAAAAUAUGGGAACCACUUGCCGUGAAAUUGCAAGUUUACAAGACUGCUGUUGAGACUGCUGUACUGCUGUUAAGGAUUGACGACAUUGUAUCAGGAUCCAAGAAAAACAAAGAGGAAGCAUCUGGUGGAGGAGUGCCACAAGAUAUGGGACCUAUGGACUAAUUAAGCAAUAUGUAGUUAAAUGUGAACUGCACUAUUCUCUUAUUUUCGCUCCUUUGUUAUGAUUGCCUUACAAAGCUCUGGAUUUUCAUUUUGCAAAUAAAGGAGUAGAGUAUAACUAAAUUUCUCUUCGUAAUACAUUUUUUGCCUUGAUAAUUGUUGUAAUCAAGUUUAACCACUCUGCUGAUAUUAAUAAGUCUCAUAAAUUACAUUGUAAGCAAAUAUUGGUUGUCCACACCUCAAAGCUUCUACUAGUGCAUAACAUACUGAAUGGGGGACCAGCUGAACCAUUUCAAAAAUUAAGAAGCCACUGAAAUGCCUUUUGUUAAAAUUACUUAAUUACAUUUUUACUAUA